AUGGCAAAUGUUUUGUCACUUCGGUAUGACGAUACUGAAUUCCGCAAUAAGAAAAUUACUGGCAUUAAAAUCGGUGAAAUUCAGAGCAGCAUAUGUCACUGCGAACCAAGGGCUAUGAAUUCAGCUAGGCCCGAGUUACCAUCAGCUGCUACAGAAGCAGCCCAUUCGGGAGAAAACGUCAAUACAGGGCAUAGUAAGAUGUUGACUGAAGUUGCUAGCUGCAAGCCAGCUACUAGGAAUAUUUUGGAAGAAGUUGCUUCUUAUUAUACUGUUAUACCAGGAUCGGAUUUCGACUUGGACAUCGUCUUGACGAAGGUGCCGAAAGAGAAACCGAUUUUAGAUUCUGGAUUGGCCGCAGGAGUCGCUGCAACGAUUGUUGGUACUUGUUGCGUUGCAGCUGCUUCUGUUGGAUUAUAUGCUUAUAAGAAAUAUGGAAACAUCAGAAAAGUUUUGAAGGACCUUGAUAAUCAAAAGAAUGACUCAGAUGCCGAGAACAGGAAAUUACAAGAGAUGUUAGAAGAGAGGGACCGAAUGCUACAGGAAGCGGAACGAGGCAAGAAUAAACUCGAAGAGGAAUACGAAGAGGAUGUGUGGAAAUUGAACGACAGGAUAAACGAGUUGGAAAUGGAAAAAGAGGACACGAACGAGGAACUUGUAAGUGCUCUCCGCCAUGGCAAGGAGAUGGAAGCUUUGCUGGAAGACGCGAGAGCACGAGAACUUGAGAUGAAGAGUUCUUUGCUAUCCCUGGAAGAAAGGCUCCAGCAGAAAGAUUGCCAGAUCGAAGAUUUGUUGAGCAACGAACGAAAACUGGAAUCCGAAAAACAACAGCUGGCCAAAAAAAUUGAACGAGAUGAAAAGCAGAUGGAGUCACUGUUGGCGGAACUAAAAGAGACAGAGUACGAGGUGGGCCUUUGCUUUAACAUCAUAGAAGAAAAAGAGAAGAAUCUGAAAGAUCACUUUGAAGGAGAGAUCAAGAAGAAGGAUGAUGUGAUUGCAAGCCUACAAAACAAACUUGAGAAUGCUCUCCACCAAAAGAAGGAGAUGGAAACCUUAAUGGAAGAAGCACGCGCACGAGAGGCUGAAAUGAAGAGUACUUUGAGAUCCGAGGAAGAAAAGCUCGAGCAGAGGGAUCGCCAAUUAGAAGAGUUGUUAAGUGUCGAGCGAAGACGUGAAGUGGAAUGCGAACAACUAAAUGAGAAACUUAAGAAACAGGAGAAGGAGAUUGAAAGCUUGCUGGAACGUUCGAAUGGGUUAGAAAACGAGCUGCAGAACUGUUUUAGCCUCUUAGACGAAAGUAAGGACUGUAAUCUGUAUCUUGAAGGCGAGAUCCAGAAGAAGAAUAAGGUGAUAGAAAGCCUGCACAAGAAACUAGAGGUUGCUCUCCAACGUGAAAAGGAAAUAGAGAGCUUGUUAACAGAAGUGAAACAAAACGAAAGAAAAAUAAACGUUUUCAAGGAACAGUUGGAGAAUAGGAAUAGUCAAGUAAAAGAAUUGUUACUUGAAGUUGAGAGGUUUAAAGGUGAAAAUCAAGCGAUGGAACAGAAAUUGGCAAAUGCUCUAAGAGAAGCGGGGCUAGAGCAACAACUACUAAGGAAGCAGGCAGAAGAACACGUGGAAAUAAGCUUAUACUGGCAGCAGAAGUUUUGA